CUUAUCACUGACAAGUGGUCAGGAGUUGACUGAGGACUUGUGAGAUUAGCUCAUAUAAUCAUAAACUCAUCACGCAUAAAUUGCUUUCUCCAAAAGUUUUCUCUCCUUUCCGUAGUAAGGAAAGAUGGACAGACAUUAUGUGUUCAUUGUCACUUUUAUGCUGAUACUUCAUCUUGUUCAAGCUCAAGAUCAAACCGGAUUCAUCAAUGUGGAUUGCGGUUUACCCCCUCACGAGUCUCCUUACAACGCAUUCUCAACCGGUUUAACAUAUACUUCAGAUACCAGUUUAGUUAACAGUGGGGAAACCAGUAGAAUCGCCAAGGAAUUUGAACAAAACUACACUAAGCCGAUUAUGACACUCAGAUAUUUUCCGAAUGGAGGACGUAACUGCUACAGUCUAGAUGUCACCCGAGACACCAAGUACCUGAUCAAGGCCAGAUUCGUUUAUGGAAACUACGAUGAUUUAAAGAUCGAUCCAGACUUUGAUCUUCAUUUGGGCCCGAAUAUGUGGACAACGGUGAGUGGUAAUGAUACUCGAGUGGAGCUCAUCCAUGUGGCGAAAUCCGAUUCUUUACAGGUAUGUCUUGUUAAGACGGGGGAAAGUAUACCUUUCAUAAAUGUCUUGGAGCUACGACCAUUGCCGAAAACUUCAUACGAUACCGAAAGCGGCUCGUUAAAGCACUUAAUCAGGUGGUAUCUUAGCAAUUCAGAUCCUGGUCGUACUAUACGGUAUCCAGAUGACAUUUAUGAUCGUGAAUGGUACCCAUAUUUCUUGGAGAACUCAUGGGCACAAGUAACAAGUGUUCUGGGUGUAGACGUUACCAGUAGUGAUGAACUACCAGAGGAUGUAAUGGCAACGGGCGCAACACCUCUAAACGAUAAAGAGCAAUUAAGCAUUACAUGGAACGUAGGGCUUCCUCCUACUGCUAAGGUUUACCCCUACAUGUACUUUGGUGAGCUUCAGAAUCUAAGGGACAAUGAUACAAGGGAAUUUACAGUGUCGCUGAACGGACAUGAUGUAGUUGGACCUUACAGUCCUGUACAAGGAAAAACCAAUCUCGUAGCCAUCAGAGAACCAGUGGAAUGCGAUGGAGGGGAAUGUCUUAUGAAGAUUGUGAAGACGUCUACAUCAACUCUUCCACCUCUACUUAAUGCUAUCGAGGCUUUCAGCGUGAUUGAUUUCCCGCAAAUGGAGACAUAUGAAGAAGACGUUGCUGCUAUCAAGAAUAUUCAAGAUACUUAUGGAUUGAGUAGAAAUAGUUGGCAAGGAGAUCCAUGUGUCCCCAAACAGUUUUUGUGGGAUGGUCUUAAAUGCAACAGCUCGGAUAUUUCUAGGCCACCGAUUAUCACUGAAUUAGACUUAAGUUCAAGUGGAUUAACUGGGAACAUCACACAAGCCUUUCAACGUCUUAUUCACCUGAAAAUACUGGUCUUGGAAAAUAAUAAUUUGACUGGAGAAAUACCUGAAUUUCUAGCCGACAUGAAGUCACUCAAUGCCAUAGUCUUAAGUGGUAAUAAUUUAACUGGGUCGGUUCCUCCCUCACUUCUUCUUCUUCAGAAGAAAGGACUGAUGUUACAUUUCGACAACAAUCCCCAUCUUUGCACAACAGGUUCAUGUGUGCACGAAGGAGAGGAUGGACAUAAGAAAAAGAAUAUCAUUGUACCAGUGGUUGCUGCGUCCAUUGCUUUAAUAUUCGUUCUUAUAUGUGCGUUCGUCAUCAUGUUCCUUGUUCUCAGAAAGAAAAAAAGGGCAUCAAAAGCUGAAGGGCCACGACCAUCUUCUAUGCAAGAAUCAGAUGGUAGAUUAUCUCAACCAAAGAAUAGAAGAUUUACUUACUCAGAAGUUAUGACAAUGACAAAUAACUUCCAAAGAAUUGUUGGGAAAGGAGGAUUUGGAAUUGUUUAUCAUGGUUUUGUGAACGGUACAGAACAAGUAGCUGUUAAGAUACUUUCCCAUUCAUCAUCUCAAGGAUAUAAACAAUUCAAGGCUGAAGUAGAACUUCUUCUUAGAGUUCAUCACAAAAAUUUGGUUGGUCUUGUUGGGUACUGUGACGAAGGAGAUAAUUUGGCUCUCAUUUAUGAAUACAUGGCCAAUGGAGAUUUAAAAGAGCAUUUGUCAGGAAGACGUAACCGCUUUGUGUUAAAUUGGGGAACUAGACUAAAAAUAGUCAUUGAGUCUGCACAAGGACUUGAGUAUUUGCAUAAUGGAUGCAAACCACCAAUGAUUCAUAGAGAUGUCAAACCCACAAAUAUAUUGUUGAAUGAACACUUUGAGGCCAAAAUUGCUGAUUUUGGGCUUUCGAGGUCAUUUCCGAUGGAAGGAGAAACUCAUGUGUCAACAGUUGUUGCGGGAACUCCAGGAUACCUCGAUCCUGAAUACUACAGAACAAAUUGGUUGACAGAGAAGAGUGAUGUUUAUAGCUUUGGGGUUGUGUUGUUGGAGAUGAUCACAAACCGACCCGUGAUCGACCAAAGCCGUGAAAAGCCACAUAUAGGAGAAUGGGUGGGGUUAAUGCUUACAAAAGGAGACAUCAUAAGCAUUAUGGAUCCAAGUAUAAAUGGAGAUUACGAUUCUGGUUCUGUGUGGAAAGCUGUUGAGCUAGCAAUGUCUUGUCUGAAUCCUUCUUCAAUGAGAAGACCUACCAUGUCUCAAGUUGUUAUUGGAUUAAACGAGUGUCUUGCAUCUGAAAAUUCAAGGGGAGGUGCGAGUAGGGACAUGGACUCGACGAGCUCUAUUGAUGUGAGUUUGACCUUUGGUACUGACGUGAUCCCAACGUCUCGGUAGAUCACAUGAAUUUCUCUCUGCUGUUUCUAUAUUAUGGAACUAUCUUCAGACUCUCUGAUUGGUCACCUUUAUUAAUGAGCAACGAGGUCCUGUCCUUGAUGCUCAUUGACACUAAAGUAAAACAGGAAAAUAUAGAAUGCAAGAAUAUAAUAUAUAGAUAUUAAUUAAAGGAA